CAAAGCCCACCACGGUCCCCAAGUCCGGUGCUGGUUCCAGGGUCGUGAGUGCAGGGUGUGGGCCGUGCGCGUGCGCUCCCGGAGGGGGCGUGAGGUGGGCGCGCCGGGUAUUUUCGGAGGUCUUGACUGCUGAGGUUAACCGCAGCGGUGUCCCACGUUCCACCGGUAGUUGCGGGGCCUGUCUCGCCCGGGGCUGCACGCAGCCCUGGCGGCCACCGGGGACCGCAAGGGGCGGAGGAAAGGAGGGGGCCGGCCACGGCACUCGGAGGAUCAGCCUAACAUGCCCCGAGACAACAUGGCCUCCCUGAUCCAACGGGUCGCUCGCCAGGCGUGCCUCACCUUCCGAGGCAUCAGGGGCGGCCGCAGCGCUUCUGACCGCGGCGCGGUGCCCGGCCCUGAGGCGCCGAUGCCGCCGGGCUUCCCGGAGAACCUUAGCAAGCUGAAGAGCCUGCUGACCCAAGUCCGCGCUGAGGACCUGAAUAUCGCCCCGCGCAAGGCCACGCUGCAGCCUCUGCCGCCCAACUUGCCACCCGUUACCUACAUGCACAUCUACGAGACGGACGGCUUCAGCCUCGGUGUGUUCCUGCUCAAGAGCGGCACAUCCAUCCCACUGCACGACCACCCAGGCAUGCAUGGCAUGCUCAAGGUGCUCUACGGCACACUGCGUAUCAGCUGUAUGGACAAGUUGGAGGCAGGCGGCGGGCAACGGCAGCGGGCCCCACCGCCAGAGCAGCAGUUCGAUCCUCCGCUGCAGCCCCGAGAGCGGGACGCCAUCCGGCUGGGCGUGCUGCGCUCGCGGGCGGAGUACACCGAGACCAGCGGCCCCUGCGUCCUUACGCCGCACCGGGACAACUUGCACCAGAUCGACGCUGUGGACGGGCCCGCCGCCUUCCUGGACAUCCUGGCCCCGCCCUACGACCCGGAUGACGGCCGAGACUGCCACUAUUACCGGGUGCUGGAACCUGUCAGGGCCAAGGAGCCCUCCGGAUCGACCUGUGACCUGCCCCGAGAGGUGUGGCUCCUGGAGACCCCGCAGGCUGAUGACUUCUGGUGUGAGGGGGAGCCCUAUCCAGGUCCCAAGGUCGUCCCUUGAUCCUGCAAGCGCCCGGUAGCUCUGGGCCGAAGACGUGCCCUACUCAGAUCUGGGCCUGGCUGCCAGCGACCAAUUACAAGGGCUCUCUCCCUACCCCCAGGCUGCCUGGGCGUUGGAUCUACUGGAGUGGGCUGUAGUUGCUUCCUGUGGAGUCUAGGGAAGCACCGGCAACUGGACUGCAGCCACCAGGCACGGUUAUGGGGGUGGGGUAGGCAGGGAGGCUAGGUUGUUUUCUGGAUCUGUCAUUGCCACCAGGGUUUUGAUUUGUGGGGAGGGGGAGACGAGCAUCUAAAGUGCUUCCAUUCUAAAGCCAUAAUGACAGUACUCUUCUCUCUGUUCUCCAUUCUGUGCAAGAUACACUGAAAGGUUUUCUCCCUGCCUCCACCUUGUUUUCCCUUAUGUUCUUACUCCCUUUACUCCGUAUUAUAACUUUAACUUAUUGACUGUGCAUGACCCAGCGGGUUUUAAUUGGUUUUAGUUUAAGUUAGGUCAUUGGUUAAAAACUAGGUUUAAAGAGAUGAGCUAUUGUCUAAAGUGAGCCGUCCUGUCUGAUUAAUACAUUGUGAAAAUUAAAUCAUUCUUCCAGAGUUGAGGGAUCAUCCCCAAAACAUGACUAUGCAUGUAGAGGACAUGAUAAUCUUUCUUUCCCUUGCCCAGUAGCUACAUCUGGUUUGCUCUAACAGCACCUACUAAGGAAUUCACACGUACACAUUUCAGGACAAAUUGCCACAGUUUAUCUUCUCUAAGAGUCUGCAGCUCUGUGAGUUGAGCAGAUUUUUCACCUUUAAUGCAAAAACUAUGUUUACCUGAAGUUACAUAUUUUUGUCAUGGUGUAAGAGGUGAUAGGGUAAUUGUGUAUUUUCUAACCAGAAGAUUCAGAGACGCUGAAUCUGCAUGCUUCCAAACAACUGAAUGUAAAACAGCGCUAGCCAGCGGUUGAAUUUCAUGUCCCUGUUUACUUCCAGUAUUUUCCUGUAAAAAUAGAGAAAAAUGUUAAUGACUGUUUCAAAUCUUCUCAGCCCUAAUGUUCCAGAGGGCUGGUGGUUCUAGCUGUGUUGUUGGCGGCUUCGUUCUCAGAACCCUCUCUCUCCCUCAAGCAGGACAGAGCCAGUGAUUGCUCAUCCAGUGUGGUUUUCUAUAGGAAGAGACAAGCACUGCUGGUCAAGGGUACAGAACUGAGAAUUAACUCCACUGCUGGCCAUUUUAGGGUUCCAAAAUGUGGGCAGAACUUCCCCCACACACCUUCUUGUAACAGUUGAGCUAUCUUUGACUGGUUUUAUUUUUUGUCAUUUUAAUAAGCCGAGCAGCUUGGCCCUGUUUACAAACACAUUGACACUGUUUGCUUCAGGCUAUGGAGCACUAUUUCUGUCUUUUUACUAUUUAUUUAUAGGACCCCUUUUUUCACAAACUUUUAAUUAAAACUAAUUAGAAAUAAACACAUUAAAAUUUACCCAGCUGUUGUCUAAGCCCUGUUUAUUGACUUGCCUAUGCAGCAGUCCAGUUCUAAUAUCUAUAAUAAAGAGAGAUUUGCUAUUGGUGGAAGGUGUGGACCCUCUAGGAAAAAAAUAUGUGCCUUUGCUUCUUUAUGCAUACUGGAUUACAGAGCCCCAGAGUGAAGGAAUAGCUGUUCCCAGUUUUACAGACAGAAUGAAAAAAGGUGUCUUGGUCUCGGCAGCCCAGGAGGACUCGUCAUCACUGGUGUAUUCCAAAUGACUGAAUUUUGUGCUAUGGCUCUACUGCUCAAUGAAGAAGCAAUACAUCUUUGAUUCAGGGCUCUGCUCACUGCAAUUCAACUCUAACCUGAGGGCAGUAACCCUCUUGUAACUCCGGUCUGAACUCCAGACCACUGAUCCCUUCAGAGCAGAGGCAUCUACUGUCAGUGAAGAAGUCAUACGUGAAGUCCCACAUAAAUACUGAAUCUUCAGAUCCAGGGGUGUUUAUGUUUCUGGAUUCAAAUUGGUGUACUUAUGGAAAAUAAAGGCAUGUUUGAAAUUG